AUGGCUCAUGAGAAGAUGGAGAUGGGUGAAGUUGGGGCUUCUCUUAUGCCUUCAGAGUCCACGGCGGCUCCAGCCAGACCUCCGAACAAAUUUGAGAAGCUAUUUCAGCCACUUCUGGCCGAGGUGGUGGGAACUACUUUCUUUGUGUUUAUCGGGUGUGUGUCGGUCAUCGAGAAUGUGGAGUCUGCAGGGAGGCUUCAGCCUGCUCUAGUGCACGGUCUGGCUGUAGCCGUGAUGGUGGCUUGCAUGGCUGAGAUCAGUGGAGCCCAUUUCAACCCCCCAUUCACCCUCGCCAUCUAUCUCUGUGGGGGGAUGGAGAUGAAUAUGGUGGCCCCGUAUAUUGCCAGUCAGUUGUUGGGAGGGGUGCUUGGAGCUUCUAUGGCGAAGAUGAUGACCUCGAGGGAGAACUUCCUCAAAGCCCACGGCGCGGCGUUUGCUCUGCUGCAGCCGGACAGUGAGGUCGGGGGAGCUGUGUUCGGAGAGGUCGCCAUGACCUGCCUGGUCACCAUGGUGGUGCUGCUGGGGGCGGUCAACACCCAGACCAGAAGCCCCCUGGUGCCCUUCAUGGUGGGAUGCACUGUUGUCAUCAACAUCUUGGCCGGUGGAGAUGUUUCUGGCACCUGCCUCAACCCCGCCAGAGCCUUCGGUCCAGCCAUAGUGAACAACUACUGGGGUUAUCACUGGGUCUACUGGGUGGGACCCAUUACAGGAGGCCUGAUAGCUGCGGCACUGGUUCGAUUCCUGCUUGGAGACAGAAAGAUCCGAGUCAUUCUGAAAUAAGAUCCUCUGUGCAUGAACUUUAGUGGGAAAAAUCACGAGAUGGUUUUAUCAUCUACAGUUACAAGCUUCUCCACUAAGAUGUGCGUGCAUGAUUAUGCUUUCUUUGCUGUCCAGUAAAAUAAAACUUUUUCACAUAAUAAAGAUACUUAUUUUAGUUUUUGGCCACGUUAAGUGUGCAUCUUGACUCUGGAGUACGAGUGACAGAGGGUCAUGGUUAUAAAACAAAGUGUGCUAAAAUGUGAUAUUAUGCUUAGCUCAUGGGGUUAUUUAGGAUGAGACUGCUCCCACUACUUCAGAUAAAGAAGCUCAACUGAAUUGUAGAUAGUA